AUGUACGAAGGGAUUGACAACCUGAAAUCCCUUUACGACCGUGCCGGGAAGACUUUCUCCGGCGGUCCUUCUGCGGCACAGGAUGUGCCGCGUCGUACUGCUCAACCAGACCCAGUACGUCGAUCAUCAGUUGGGAGCGGGGCUCCCAAGAAUCCCAGGACGGGGGAUAGCCGCGCCACCGGACGAGAUAACUCGUCCGACGUCCGUUCACGUCGCGGUGGUUCAACAGCUGCUCAACCAGAUAGCGCUGGCCACCGCGAGAGUCCUCUAAUGGAGGUGGAGGAGGAGGAAAGACGCUCUCCACACGAUCAUGUGGAUCGGUGUGUACCCGAGAGCUUCUUUGAUCGCGUAACACAAGGGUUACGCGACGAUCUCGAACAUGAGCGGAAUAGGCGUCUCCAACUGGCGGACGCUGUCUCGAAGCAUCGAGCUGAGUUUGCCUUUGCUCAGCUUUAG